CGGGAGCCGUGAUAUCCACGUGAUGAUGAUGGAUCAGUUCGUCCAUUCCCCCGGUCAUCGGGAUUCCGAAAAUGGGAUUCUUUCGUUCAGUUUUCCCUCUCACUCCAUCUCUCUGUUGAAUCCAUUUUCCUCUCCCGAAAGGCGAAAGCUCCAUCUGAACCUUGAAGUAAUCGAACUUUAGUUUCGUACCUUUAAAAUUCGUCGAAAUAUCUCUCGUCACUUCUUCGCAGUUCAAUCACUGUUCCCGUUUCUCUGCGUUUCCCCAACGUGAAAGGAAGCAUGUAGACGAAAUAAAUUUUAUGGUCAUCUUUCGGCGUGAUUGGAUAGCCCGAUUUUGCUUGGGCUUGUAGCUUUGAAGGGCCCUAUCAAUGAUGAAUGCAACACUUGUGAUUGCUCACGUUUGUUUAUGUCAAACAGAGCCUAAAAGUUCUGUUCAAGCAGCAAAUUGCAUAUCAUUGAAUAGACUACCUCUUUUAGUAGGUUCAAUAGAAAAGGAGCUGAAAAGUGGUUAGCAUUCUCUAGCUUGUUGUAUUCUCACAGUUCCCAAAGAUUAAUUGCAUACCGAAUAACAUUCAUGUACACAGAAGGCCUAGUAUAAGAAGGAAGAAGAAUGGCUGGAAAAGUUGUUGCCAGUAGACCGACAGCUUCCUUUGAGUUUGAGCUUGUUGAAGGUGAUUCUGGUCAACAAAACCAGAUUAGUCCAUGGAUUGACCCUGCUACAAUAAAACUGAGACACAGAAUUGGGAGGGGUCCUUUUGGUGAUGUAUGGUUAGCAACACUUCAUCAAACAACUGAAGAUUAUGACGAGUAUCAUGAAGUGGCUGUCAAGAUGUUACAUGCUAUCAAAGAAGAUAGCAUUAACCUUGUAUUAGAAAAGUUCAAUGUCAUGUUCUCUAAAUGUCAAGGCUUAAAAGAUGUUUGUUGGUUGCAUGGUAUUUCAAUUAUUAAUGGGAAGAUAUGCAUCGUCAUGAAGUUCUAUGAAGGAUCAGUCGAUGACAAAAUGGCUCACCUUAAAGGGAGCAGGCUCUCAUUGCCUGAUAUUCUGAGGUACGGGAUUGAUUUGGCUCAGGGAACUAUGGAACUGCAUUCAAAAGAUAUCAUAGUUCUGAACCUAAAACCUUCAAAUUUCCUUUUGAAUGAAAAUGAUGGGGCAGUUCUUGGAGAUUUUGGAAUUUCUUUUCUGUUGCUUGGAGUCUCAUUAUUAAGUUCAGAUUUGGUUCGGAGACUUGGCACACCAAACUACAUGGCUCCAGAACAAUGGCAACCAGAAGUAAGAGGUCCAAUAUCCUUUGAGACUGAUUCAUGGGGGUUUGGUUGCAGCAUUCUGGAGAUGUUCACUGGAAUUAAGCCUUGGCUUGGGAAGUCUGUGGGUGAAAUAUUCAACUUAGUUGUUAAAAAGCAAGAGAAACCACGUAUUCCAGGUGGCCUUCCUCCUGCAGUUGAGAACGUCCUAAUUGGGUGUUUUGAGUAUGACCUUCGAAGCCGUCCUGUAAUGGCAGACAUUCUAAAAGCAUUUAGAAGCUCACAGAAAGCUGUUUUCCGUGAGGGAGGCUGGACAGGUCUAACUACUAGAACAAUCACAGAAAAAUCAAGUGGAAAUGGAUACACAAAAUGGUUCCUUUCAAAGGAUCAGUUCCAAGUGGGUGACAUGGUGCGAUCCCGGAAGCCACUAAACUCAUGCAAUAUUGAAAACAUGGACAUUCCAGAAGGGAUUAUAGUGGGUUUAGAAUGUGACACAGAUCAAAGUGGGUUUGUUUUAGUAAGGGUCCAUGGCGUCCAUGACCCAAUAAGGGUUCAUGGAUCUUCAUUGGAGCGGGUCACAUUUGGUUUGGCAUCUGGGGAUUGGGUACGUGUAAAGGAAGAGGACAAGAAGCACUCUCCAGUGGGUAUUCUUCAUUCCAUUCAGCGGGAUGGAAGUGUUGCUGUGGGAUUUAUAGGGAGAGAGACUCUUUGGAAGGGUAACUCUUCGGAGCUUCAGAUGGCAGAGCCAUAUUGCAAGGGCCAGUUCGUGAGGCUGAAGUCUAAUGUCUUUAGCCCUAGAUUUGAAUGGCCUCGAAAGCAAGGUGGUGAAUGGGCCGCUGGAAGAAUUUGUCAGGUCUUACCAAACGGCUGCCUCCUUGUAAAAUUCCCUGGUAGGUUGACCUUUGGAGAUGAAAGCAGCAGCUACCUGGCUGAUCCAGCUGAAGUGGAAGUUGUUUCCUUCAGUACUUGUCCUGACAUAAUCAAGAAGUAUCAACAUCUCGAAGAUUUUCACUGGUCUGUGAGGCCUCUUCUAAUUGCCAUGGGUCUAUUCACUGCCUUGAAACUUGGCCAUUUUGUGGGGAAGAAAAUAGGGAGGUCGAAGGUCAGGAAGCAACCGAGCACCGUGGUUCCAAGUGAUGGCGCGUAUAUGGAUGGGCAGGCGAGUGCAGCCUGGCUUCCUCCAAAGGUGGCAAAUAUUUUCCGAGAAGGGGUUGGGGCUGCCACCACGCGGUGAUCAUCAAGCUUGUAGCUUACAUCUACUACUGCAAUCGAGCUAGUGACUUCUGCCAAAUUCACUGGUGUUGCCUGAAGAUUCGUCGACUCAGCGUUGUGCAUUGCUUGAUCUUAUUCCAAGUAAGAACUCUUAACCCUGAAAGUACCUAUAAUAUGUAUAUAAAUGGAUUGUUGCUUGUUCAAGGAGUGCUAGCUGUACAGAACAGAACAGUGUGACUGAAGUCCUGCGAGGAUAUUGCUUCUGUAAUAUCUUGUCUAUUUGUGCUCUUCUCUGCAUCCUGCCUAGAUGUUAUCUGAAUCCUAUUGACAGGGUAUAUGAGAAUGAGUUUAGUUUAUGGUUGAAGGAUAAUCUGGUUUUUCUGUGAUUCA